UGGAUGAGAAGAGGAAGAGGAAAAAAGUGAAAACAAGUGCGCUUGUUUCAUUUCUCUAUGAUCCCGCUGUGAAGUGGAGGGCAGGGCUGUGUCCGACACGUAACACUAGCAUCCAUGCCUCACAUGACCAGGCGUUUGUUUAAGUUUGUGAGCACCCCUCGCUGCACAGACAGAGCGCUCUGCUGACACCCGGCUUCACUUUGCGCCAACUCUCUCCACACCCUGAACGCCGCGCAGCAGGAAUGGCGGAGCCCGGCAGGAUCCUGAUCAAAGGAGGGAAAGUUGUGAACGAGGACUGCUCCGCGAUCGGCGACGUCUACAUCGAGAAUGGGAGAAUCGUGGAAGUUGGGCCGGACCUUCAGGUCCCGGAAGGCGCGCGAGUGAUCGACGCCACCGGUAGGCUGGUGAUCCCGGGCGGCAUCGACACGCACACGCACAUGGAGCUGGCGUUCAUGGGCACCAAGGCUGUGGACGACUUCCACAUCGGCACCAAGGCCGCCCUGGCAGGAGGGACCACAAUGAUCCUGGACUUUGUCAUCCCCCAAAAGGGAAAAUCUCUGCUUGAGGCCUACGAGUGUUGGCGUAAGACAGCUGACCCCAAGGUUUGCUGCGACUACUCGCUGCAUGUCGCCGUCACGUGGUGGAGUGAUAAGGUUAAAGAAGAGAUGCACACGCUGGCCAAAGACAGGGGGGUGAAUUCCUUCAAGAUGUUUAUGGCCUACAAAGAUGUGUUCAUGCUGCGGGACUCCGAGCUGUACGCUGCCUUCUCCCAGUGCAAGGAGAUCGGAGCCAUUGCUCAGGUGCAUGCCGAGAAUGGAGACCUGAUUGCAGAGGGGGCUAAGAAGAUGCUGUCUCUGGGCAUCACCGGACCAGAGGGCCAUGAGCUGUGUCGACCAGAGGAGGUGGAGGCGGAGGCCACCCAGCGGGCCAUCACCAUUGCCCACGCUGUCAACUGCCCGCUGUAUGUGGUCCAUGUCAUGAGCAAGUCUGCCGCCAAGGUGGUGUCUAAUGCACGCAGAGAUGGGCAUGUGGUGUUCGGGGAGCCCAUUGCAGCUGGACUGGGCACCGAUGGGACACACUACUGGCACAAAGAGUGGGCCCAUGCUGCCGCCUUUGUCAUGGGCCCCCCCCUCAGACCUGACCCCAGCACCCCUGGCUAUCUCAUGGACCUACUGGCCAAUGAUGAUCUCAGCGUGACGGGGACGGACAACUGCACCUUCUCCGUGUGCCAGAAGGCUCUUGGCAAAGACGACUUCACCAAGAUCCCCAACGGAGUGAACGGAGUGGAGGACAGGAUGUCAGUCAUCUGGGAGAAAGGAGUGCACAGCGGCAAAAUGGACGAGAAUCGAUUUGUGGCUGUCACGAGCAGCAACGCUGCAAAAAUCUUCAACUUCUACCCGCAGAAAGGCCGUAUCGCCAAGAACUCGGAUGCUGACGUGGUUAUAUGGGACCCCAAGAUGACAAGGAAGAUAUCAGCUAAGACCCACCACCAGGCUGUGGACUACAACAUCUUCGAGGGUAUGGAGUGCCACGGCGUCCCUGUUGUCACCAUCUCCAGAGGCAAAGUGGUCUAUGAGGAAGGGCGGCUGAAGGCGACACCAGGGCACGGCAAAUUCAUCCACAGGAAACCCUUCUCUGAAUUUGUUUACAAACGGAUCAGGCAAAGGGAGGAGGUGGGGAAGCCUACAGCUGUGAUCAGAGAGCCCUAUAAAGGCAAAGUCAUUUCUGUAUGAGCAACUGACCUAGAACAUGAAAGGCACUUUGACUCUCCAGCUGUGUGUCUCCAGUCCAAACCAGGAGCUACCAAAGCCAAAACAACUGAAUGCUGCCUCACUGAUGAACCUGCUCAGAGUGGUUUCUACAGUUUCCACAUUUGAUUUUGGCAUAUUUCUGCCAGUUAUACAUACAGUAUUCGGACAUUUAAAUCGCAGUAUGUAGCAGAGGAGGUGGUGGUUUUGAUCGUUGGGCCAGUGUUCUGUUGGCAGAUAAUACCUUAGUUAUAUUUGUUCAUCGGUAUGAAGUUUCCAGGUCAGCUCAGCUCAUUGCACAGGUCAGUAGAACCCACCGUGCUGCUGAAAAUUAUAUUUGCUCCAACAUCCAUUAUGCAAUCAAGGGAUUCACAGUAAGGGAUGAAAACAUGAUUUCGUGGUUAAAAAAAAUGUGAUGUGAUUACAAAACAGGAUCUUUCAUCACUUAUGAAUUUGCACAUAUUAUUGUGCGAGUUGUGUUAUAAAAUAUUUUCAAAAAGCUGA